AAAAGUGUUAAAACAUGUGUAAAAAUUAUUUUUAAAAAUGAGAAUUGCAAUCAUAGGAGCGGGUGUAAUUGGCCUUUCUACUGCAACAGUUUUACAAUCUCAUUUUAAAGAUGCUGAUAUUACAAUUAUAGCUGAUAAACUAAAUAAAAAUACACUAAGUGAUGGUUCUGCUGGCUUAUUUAGGCCAUCACAUAAUGUAAAAGAGGAGUAUGAAAAAGAAAUUUACAGAAAUUCAUUUGCCCAUUUUUUACGAAUAUUUCAGUCUGAAGAAGCAGGAGAGUAUGGUGUACAAAUGGUUUCAGGUUACAUAAUUGCUGAAAAAUUAGAAUUUGUUGCUGAUUUAUGGUAUAAAGAUUUGGUAUUAGAUUUUCAUUUUUUAGAUAGCGAGGAACUCAAAAAAUUGAAUUUAAACAAAAAGUAUUGUGCAUAUGGUUGUUUUUUUACUUCUACAGUAACAGAAUGCAGGAAAUAUUUACCAAAAUUGUUAAAAAAAUUUCUGAAUAAUAAUGGUCAUGUCAUAUUAGCUAAAAUAAAUGGCUUACAUGAAAUCAACAAGCUACCAUAUAACACAGAGAAAUCUGAAUACAACUUUGUUAUAAAUUGUGCAGGUCUCAAUGCUGGUCAAAUUAUAAAUGAUAAAUCAUCAAUGAUUCCCAUUAAGGGCCAAGUAAUAAGGAUAAAUGCCCCUUGGAUCAAGAAUUUUUGGUUUCUCAGCGAAUCAUUGGAAAAUGAUUUUAAGACCUACAUUAUUCCCACGACUCAAACCGUAGUGUUAGGCGCAACGCGUGACGAAGGCGUGAGCGAUGAUACCGUGUGCCCAGAAGAUUCCGAAGCCAUUAUGCAGAGGUGUGCUGGAUUAGUUCCGAGCGUUAAAUUAGCCCCAAUUUUGACUGAAUGGGCAGGCCUCAGACCUUACAGAAAAGAAACCUUACACACUUCUUCGCCCAGAAUUGAACUGGAACCGCUAAAAUGUUUAGCUGGCAAUUUCGAUUUUCCUCAAUAUUUAGCCGAAUCUCGCACGAUAGUUAUACACAAUUACGGACAUGGCGGAAACGGUGUUAGUAUGUCCUACGGCAGCGGGCUUAGGGUCCUCGAAUUAAUGGAAAAUUACCUGGUCGAUAAUAAAGAUUAUGAUGAUGAUGAUGGUCAUUUUUGAUCAUAAAAUUCAAACAUUUUUAUUUUAUUUUUUAAUGUUAAACAUCACAUUAAUUUAAACCAAAACUUGUGCAUAAUAUACUUUUCAUAUGUAAAUUUUAUAUUUGGCAUUUAUUAUAUUAAACUCCGUCCUGCACCAAUAUGAUAUUUAGAAGAUUAGAUGUCUCCCUAUAUUUAAAACCCAUAUAAAAUUUUUAAGAAUUUGUAUAUCAUACGUUUUUCAAAAAAUUUAUAUACUUGACAAGGAGUUAAUGGGACUUUUUUUUAAAAUCCCUUUUUAAGCCCAUUUGCCCAAAAGAUCUUUUUAUUAUUUAUUUUUCUUGCGAGAGUCAAGCUUAAACCAAGAUUUUAUAUUUAUUUAUAAAAUAUUUCAUAUAUCUCAAAAUUUUAAAUUUAUAAUAUAAAAUCAAAUUUUUUUUAAACCAUUUAAAUUUAUUAAAUAUAUAUUAUAUUAAUUGUGAAU